GAACAUCAUUUUGAGCGAAGGUGCUCUCAUGAAAGUUCGUCGUAAUCGUUUCACGGAUCUGGGGAUAUUUCUCUUGUUUGACUGACUUGUAUGAACCGAACCUGAAUUUGUGUGUCGCUAAGACGCGACUUAUCCUCCGCGAUUAUAUUAUAGGAUGACGCGAUAAUAUUCCGUUAUACGCGCGCGAGCCUACGUGAUUAUUUCGUGAUUAUGCGCUGUGAGGUGGUACGUGAAACUCGGUAGGAGUUCGCCGGCCGAUCGGCGAACAAUAAAAUAAGGAUGUCGACGAUGGAGGGUUCGCUCAGCAAGUGGACCAACGUUGUUAACGGAUGGCAGUAUCGUUGGUUUGUUUUGGACGACAAUGCAGGCCUUUUGUCGUACUACACGAGCAAGGAGAAGAUGAUGCGUGGUGCGCGUCGUGGUUGCGUACGAUUGAGAGGCGCAAUCAUUGGCAUCGAUGACGAAGAUGACAGCACAUUCACUAUCACGACAAACUCGUGCAAGGAUGAUCCAAAGACGUUUCACUUUCAAACCCGUAAUGGCGAGGAAAGAGAACGCUGGGUACGAGCACUGGAAGAUACAAUACUCCGCCACUCUCAUACGAGAUGGGAUCCUAAGAAGUCACCUCCUAAACAAGAUUUUGAUCGCAAAGUAGCUGAGGCUGAUGUUUAUCUUCAACUUCUGAUCGAUCAAAUUAAAUUAAUUGAAGGUAAAAGGAAUGCGGUUGAAGAUGAAGAAAAUCAAAAGAAGUAUUCUGCUGUUCUGUCGCAAGCUAAUGCCAUGCUUAACUCUGUUAAACAUACUAUUGUCCAGCUACAAAUUGCAAAGAAUACAGCGAUACCAGUUAAUGGAAUAUACAGAGGACCAACAAAUUCUAUACAUGUUUCACCUUCACUUCCUCAUGUUUUAGUUGCAGCCCGAGCACCAGAGGCAACAGUGCAAACCGGCAUCGAAUUAGGCUCUGAGUGUGUCGAACCUAGAGUACCUACAUUAUCAAAUGUUGUAGACAGAGAUUUACCAGUACCACAGUUUUCAUAUUCGUCAUCUGAUGAGGAUGACGAUUACUUCGAUGCCGCGGACGAGAUACCAACUCCAGCAGUCCAAAAUCGCAUUACGCUAUGUUCAAAUAACGAGCGAUUAUAUUCGUCUAUAGAAAGUGCCACAGGAGAUAAACGCAGAGAACCGCCUCUACCGCCUAUCAAAGGCGAUGGAUCAGUAGAUUACGAUGCUCUUUACGAAGAAGAAAGCGAAACAGAAAUGGAUUCCAUGGAGAGUCAUGGCUCAGUCGUGACUCAUCUUUUGUCCCAAGUGAAAAUUGGCAUGGACUUGACCAAGGUUGCCCUACCAACAUUUAUUCUAGAACGCAGAUCACUUCUUGAAAUGUAUGCAGAUUACUUUGCCCAUCCUGAUCAAUUUGUAAGCAUUGCAGACAUGCCUACGCCUCGAGAAAGGAUGGUGCAAGUAAUUCGUUGGUACUUGUGUAGCUUUCAUGCAGGGCGUAAAUCUGGUGUAGCUAAAAAGCCAUACAAUCCUGUAUUAGGUGAAAUUUUUCGAUGUCACUGGAACAUACCUAAUUCUUCUGAUAAUACUGUAGAUUCUAAUAACAAACUUGUAUCGGAUGGUCCUGUACCAUGGUGCAAGGAGAAUCAGCUUGCUUUUAUCGCUGAACAAGUCUCCCAUCAUCCACCAGUUAGUGCAUUUUAUGCUGAGCAUGUCGGGAAAAAGAUUAGUUUUGGUGCUCAUGUUUGGACAAAGAGCAAGUUUUUGGGUUUAAGUAUAGGGGUACACAAUGUGGGAAAGGGUUGGGUAAAUGUGUUACAACACGGGGAAGAAUACGUUUUAACCUUCCCUAACGGUUAUGGCAGAUCUAUUCUUACUAUACCGUGGAUAGAACUGGGAGGAACUGUAACAAUAAAUUGCGCACAAACUGGCUAUCAUGCGACGGUAGAGUUUUUAACAAAACCUUUUUACGGCGGCAAGCGAAAUCGAAUUACGUGUCAAGCUUUUCAAGCCGGAGAUAAAAAACCAUUCCUUGUUAUAAAUGGAGAAUGGAGCGGUGCGAUGGAAGCGAAAACAUUGGAUGGUAAAAGUGAAAUUUUCGCUGACGUGAGAGAACUUGCCACGGAAAGGAAACUUGUUAAAACAGUAUGUGAGCAGGAAGAAUGCGAGUCGCGAAGAAUCUGGCGUGACGUGACUGUUGGCCUACGCAUCAACGACAUGGAUAAAGCUACAGCGGCGAAAUGUACAAUCGAGCAGAAACAACGAGACGAAGCGCGACUUCGAAAGGAAACUAAUAUAGCGUGGCAAACAAAACUUUUUAAGGAAACCAAAGAUGGUGGUUGGAUGUACAUAAGACCUCUAAUAGACAGAAUACACAGUUCUAGCGAUCAAACGAAUGUUACCUAAUUAUAUAGAUAUGCGUAUUACAACUUUAGAUGCAGCACAAUACUAGAAGAGAAACCAUGGCCUAAAGCCUAUAAGAGUUGCAAUAUCAGCCUUAAUCCAGGAGAUAUACACUUUCACAUUCGAGCAAUCUCGACGAAUAUUUUUACGCGUAAUAACCACUAUUAGUUUAAAUAGAAAAGAAGUAACGCAAUCUGUUUUACAUUUUACAUUUUUAAUUUCAUUUAAUAAACGUAUUUUGUGAACAAUAUGAAUUUUACUGAUACAAUUGUAUUUCAUCUUCUUUUAUCCUUGGAAUAAUUUCACAGAGAUAGAAAGUCUAUUAUAUUCAUAUUUCAAUUAUAUGUACGUACGUAAAGUCACUUUUAUAUAUGUAACGUUUAUUGACACUGUAAUUUCUUAUGUGAGAAAAGAAAUUAUAUGUACAAUUUAUGCAAAUCUGUAUACAUUGUAUUGUAUAGAUCGCAUGCCAUAUUGUAUACAAAAGUUGUUUUAUGGUGUCGCUAACGAACGUAAUAAUACAAUAUUCUAAUUAUAGAAUUAAUUAUUUUUGCGCAAUCUCUCGAAUUUCUUAUUGGCAAACAUAGAUUUCCAAUAUGUAAGGAAUGGCUCACGAUAAUUAUGAGUUUUUAAAAUAAACUUAUGCAUUUCCCAUGCACAAAAUGAUACAUCAAUAACAGCA